UAAGUCUUGAGGAGGGAACAUGAAGACACUUGCAGAAUAAAAACUGAUAACACGGGAAGCAGCUGUUGUUAAGUUACACCACCAAGACGUUGCAGAAUGAAAAGUCGUCGUGUUCGCCAUGACUUUGAGAUCGACGCUAUAUCCUAAUACGGGAUUCAAGCUGAACGCUGACACGAUCGACUUUGAGAAAACACAUAUCGGGGCGGCCACUGUCAGUCCUGUGAGCCUCAAGAGGGAGUCCCGGGACUUUGGUAUAGAUGGUCAAGACGUGCAGGGGGGCGAGAUCCCCAGCAAAUCAAAGGACUUAGAUCAGAAUUACACGACGAGCAAAGUUGCCCGCGGCGCCACGGUUGCAGAAGCAGUUCAAGGGGACAAAACUGUGGGGAUAUUGUCCCCUGUCAGACAAAUGGGGGGUGAGGGAACCCCAGUGAAAGGUAAACCCCUCCCCAUUGAUAAUAUGGAUAACCCUCAGAUGGCUUUAAACAAUAACCCCAAGGAUGCGGGUGCUGAUGAGAGCGCGAAAGGGGUCGGACCUGGAGUCCUUGGCACUGCAUCCAUUGAGCUCAACUCUGAGGGCAAGUGGAGGAACGUCAGGAAGACCCCUGCUAAUCCCCACACUCAAGCCAACUGCCUCCGGCAGAUUGUCCUCCUUCAAUUGGACCUCAUUGAGCAACAGCAGCAACAGCUGCAGACGAAGGACAAGGAGAUAGAUGAGCUGAAAGCAGACAAGGAGACGCUGCUUGCGCGUAUUGAGCGCAUGGAGCGCCGCCUGCAGCUCACAAGGAAGGACCCACGGGACAAGCGCCUCUUCCAGCCCUUGGAGCCAUGGACGCCUGAUAAAGAGGACAUGUGGGAUCUGGAGGUAGCGGAGAGUCCACAGCCCAACCUACCCACGCCACUUCCCUUCAGUCGAGGCGGCAAAGGUCAAAAACGGAAAGCUUGUUUUGGGGACUCAAAGGUCCAGAAAUCACGGGGCAAGAGCUCUAAGCUUAGUCCACAGAAGCUGGAGGUUCGACCUAGUUCACCAUUUCAAAGGGAGCUUCGUAGUAUGGAGACCCCAGAGAAAACAGGGCCUGGGAGGUUGGGGACAGAAAAGGACAUUGUGCUUUCAAUUAAAGAAGAGCCUGUGUUUAUUACUGAAAUGGAGGAUCUUCCCUUCAUGUCCACUACGGAGAUGUAUCUCUGUUGCUGGCAUCAGCCUCCCCUGUCCCCUUUGCGUGAGACUUCCCCUAAAAAGGAGGAAGAUGUGGCCAUUCCCUCUUGGAGGGAAAACUGUAUAGAGCCCUUAAAUGAAGAAGCAUCCAGUAGCAUUCCAGAGGCUCUGGAUGAUGGCGUGUAUUUGAAGCGUCACUUAAAGCUAGAGCUGGAUGAGAAGAGGAGGAAAAGAUGGGACAUCCAGCGAAUCCGAGAGCAGCGUAUGUUCCAGCGUUUGCAACAGCGAAUAAACAAGAAGAAGGUUGUACAGGAGGUGGAGCCCGAGCUUUCUUCCUUCUAUCCUGAUACUGAAGAUGUUGAAUCGAUAGUCAUCACUCCCUUCCUGCCAGUGGUUGCGUUUGGCCGGCCGCUGCCAAAACUCACACAAAAGAACUUUGAGUUGCCCUGGCUGGAUGACAGAAGCCGCUGUCGCAUUGAGGUGCCCAAGAAACAUACACCUCACCGGACCUGUCGGAAGUGAAACACAUGGUAUUCACAAAGGGUGGGGGGGAUGCCUCUGCAUACUCAGAUGUAAAGAUGCUUCCUUAUACUGUCUGAGGGGGAAAAGUCAAACUCUCAGUUUUGGGGUGUAUUAACUGCUUUCUCUCACUAUGUGGAAGAGUGAAUGACUGUCUAGUCUCAAACUGUCAGUACAGAAUGGCUGAUCUCUAACCAAAUGUCGGCGAGAGAGAGAGGGAGAGAGAGGGAGGUGUCUUGGGAGAUAGCUGCACCAUCAAUUACCCUUAUAUUUUUGGCCCCAAUUAAUACCUCUAGAAAGGAGACUAAAGUGGUGUUGCCACAAGAUUACAGUCCCAUGGUUGUCAGCUUGUGAAGAUUAGAUAUCUCCUAGUUGUUAGUUCUGAAAUUUAAAGCUAUAUGCAUGUCUUGUUACAGGGUUUAAAUGCAUUUUGUAGCAACUGUGCCAUCCUAUAUUGAUUUUAUUACAUGAGUGUGAGUAGUCUGUAUCACUUUUUAAUACACUUUUGUGUAGACAACGGACAGGAUAAACUGGGGACUCUAAUCUUGAGGAUAUUUAUUGUUUUUAUAAAAAUAAUAUCUUGCCAUUUUGAUUGAAAAUCAGCCUGAUAUGUACAGUACAAGCAAUAUUGCUGUCUUUGCUCUCAAUAGAUUUUGACCAUCCUCAUUCUCUCUGCUUAUAGGAAAUGUCUAAAUUUGACUGUCGUGUUGUUUUUGUAUUGACUAUAUUAUUUGUUGCGCUUACACAACUUCAAACAAAAGGUUUCACCAAAUGUGCACUACAAUGGGGAUGUCAAGUGUUGAGAUCCAGACUCUGCACGACGUCAUAUCAAAAACUGCAGCGGAGCAUUUGAAAGGCGAAUAAAUAUGAGAUACAAAGUAAUUGGGUAAAAGAUGUUUGGAAUUGUUAUGACUUGCUUCAUUAGAACCAAGGCUGGAGCAAUUUCUACGAUACAAGGCAAGUGGUAAAAUUGAUGUAACCCUUUGUUCCCCGUUUGGUUUUAAUUGGUUCUGUUUCUAUGUGAGUUGCAUGGGCUCUGUUGAGCUGUCAGACCUACCGCAACAAGAUGGUAGCAUGGCAUACAUCUUGUUGGAGCAUUAUUUCUCUUAUUUCUAAUUUGAAUUUAGAGAAGAUGAAUAUCUGUGAAGAAGUUUUGAAAGCAUGACUUUUGGCCACUGUUCAAUGAGCACUGCCAUGUUCAACCUGAACAGCCUUAUAAGGUGAUCUAAAGAUUAAAAAAAAAAAGUGUUUUUUUCCGUUUCCAAUUUUUAUAUUAUGCUUAAUGCAGUAAACAUUAGGCUACUUAUGUGUGUGCACUGAUCUGUAAGGAUGCCGAUAUCCAGCACACGAGGGAACCUGUUAUGACCAGAAAUCUUCACAGCAGUUUCCACCAGUAUGCUCUUAAACAAGCUGCCAGUUAUUGUUUUCUCUCUGAAUUAUUGUUACAAUGUACAAUCGUACAGUUUCCUUUCCUUUCUGUUGAAGUUUUGCUCAACUGUUUUUGCUUAACUUUUUACAUAAGAUGCCAAGGCUGUUUGCCUCUUCAACUCAUCCGACAAGCAUUAUGAGUCGGCUGAUUUUGGAAAUAUAAAACCGGUCUCCUGUACAUAGCUUUCAGAAACAAAUGUUGUACAUAAAGAAGACAUGGUUGUUAUUUUUUUAUUAUUUAAUGUUCAAGUGUUGAGUACAUUCAAUAUUCUAUAAUUAUGAUUGUAUGUUGACAAAAUUGACAGUUUUGAAAGUUGAUUUUUUGGAAUAAAAUAAUUAACAUGUCUAUAAAAUGUGGAUUUGGUUGUCGUACAUUUUGGUUUGUUGAGCUAACUAGGUUUGAUGAUAGAAGUGAAGAUCUUUGUCAAUGAUAUGAACAUGUACAGCGUUAUAAAUUAUUGCUCAUGGUAAAUGGAAAUAGAAUAUUUUGUCAAAAACUAGAUGAAUAUGUCCACCUAUUCGUUGUAUAUUGUGAGA